AUGGAGGCCACAGAAAGAAUCAUGGAUGAUCUAGACUUUACCCCUGAACAGAAAUUGAAAGGGGCUGUUUCUUUGCUUCACGGUGAAGCAUACCGAUGCUACAUUGAUGCUAGAAGAUGUGAGUUUCUAAAUCUCACGCAAGGGAAUCGUUCAGUGGUCGAGUAUGAAGCCGAGUUUUUGAGAUUGAGCUGCUAUGUGCGAGGCAUGGUGGCGACUGAAUAUGACCAUUGUGUCCACUUCAAGGAUGGACUUAGGGACAGUUUGAGAGUUCUGAUAGCUCUACAGAGGGAGCGUGACUUUUCUGCACUGGUAGAGAAGGCGAGGAUUGCCGAGGAAGCGAAGCGCGCUGAGCGCCAAAAUUGGGAUUAUGAGAGAGGGAAGAAUAAGAGGGAUUCAGAGCCUUUAAGUUCUAUGAUGAGGCCUAAGAAAAAGGUCAGAUCUGGUGGGUCAGUUAGAGUUGAGGCCCCUAUUGCACGUACUGGGAUCAUGCUUUGUGGGUAUUGUGGAAGACGCCAUCCGGACGAAUGUUGGAGGAUGACUAGGGCUUGUUUAAGAUGUGGGUCUAUUAAGCACCGUGUUCGAGAGUGUCUGCUAAGGGCCGAUCAGGUGCAAGCUGCGGGUUUUGGUACUGCAUAG